UGCGGGUGCGGCUCUGCGGGUCCCCGGGGUCCCCCAGUCGAGCCCUGAGCCCUGCGCAGUGCACACGGAAUGCGGACGGGUCUCGGACGAGAGCCACAGCGCCGAGCUCAGCAAGCGGACAAUCGGACAAAGUGACAGCCCGCCGCGUCAGUUCAGUGCCUUGCAGUGCAGUGCCUCGCAGUGCCUUUGUGAUCCAGUGACAGUGUAGUGAUGCGUGUUUGACCAUGGUGUCCUACUGCAACUCGCUCGCCAUGUACCGGCCCCAGCAGCAGCACCCGGCCCCCGGCUGGUACCAGUCGUACCAGCCGCACCCGCAGAUGCCGCAGCAGUACCUCGGCAACCUGAGCUGCGUGCAGGACGAGCAGGCCGUGAUGCCGGCGUGGCACCACCCCCACGGGCCGCACGGCCCCCACGGCCCGCACCACUCCGUGUUCCAGCCCGGGGACUGGUCGCCGUCCUCCACGCCGGACUACAUGCACCACCACCAUCACCACCACCAGAGCCUGCACGACCACGCCGAGCCCCUGCUGCCCUCGCCGCCCAUGACCGUGUCCGACAUGUCCUCGCCGUCGGGGGGCGGCACCGUCACCCCGCCGCAGACCAGCGCCACCAGCGGCCCGGGGUCGGCGGGGUCGUCCGGGGCGCGCGGCCCGCCGCCGCUCUCGCGCUCGCCCUUCGAGUGGAUGAAGAAGCCGUCGUACCAGAACCAGCCCAACCCUGGAGAAGCUGGGACAGAGCCAAUGAGCAAAACGCGCACCAAGGACAAGUACCGCGUGGUGUACAGCGACCACCAGCGCCUGGAGCUGGAGAAGGAGUUCCACUACAGUCGGUACAUCACCAUCCGACGCAAGGCCGAGCUGGCCGCCAGUCUGGGGCUCUCGGAGAGACAGGUCAAGAUCUGGUUCCAAAACCGGCGCGCCAAAGAGCGGAAGCAGACCAAGAAGCGCGAGGAGCUGGACCACAAGGUGAAGCUGGAGGACCUGCAGCCGGGCCUGACGGGGGGCCCAGUGCACCAGGGCCUGACGGGCCUGCCGGGCGUGCCGGGCCUGACCCACCAAUCCCACCAUCAGCACCACAGCCACCACCUGCACCACCAGCUGCACCACCACCACCAGCUGCACCACGCCCACCACCACCACGGCGCCACCACCCCGACCACGACCAGCCCGCUGCCGCUUCCCCUGCCGCACAUGUCUAUGUUUGAUCAUACUUCGUCCAAAGAAGCAGGAGGUGACAACUACAUAGAGAACUUUAAAACAAUGAAGAAUCUAUGUAGGCAAAAAGUAUUACUGCCAACAUCAGGUAUUUGGUAUUCAGACAAAAAGUGA